CGCUGCAGCGAAACGCUUCUAAGUGAGCAGAGCGCAGCCGAGAGGAGGGAGGAGGCGAACGAUGGGAGCGACUUUUUCUCUCGUUUAAAUGACCCAUAUCCUACUGUAGACCCAGAAACCAUCCCGCCUGGUUCUUGUUCUCUGGGUUGUUUUUUUUCUUCCUGCACAGCAAGAUGUCUGCCUCGGCGAUAUUCAUCCUGGACCUGAAGGGAAAGGUUCUGAUUUGCCGUAACUACAUGGGCAACAUGGACAUGAAUGAAAUCGACCACUUUAUGCCCAUCCUGAUGAAGAGGGAGGAGGAUGCGGAGAUGACUCCCCUGGUCUGCCAUGGCUCAACACACUUCCUCUGGAUCAAACACUGCAACCUUUACUUGGUAGCAAUGACAAAGAAGAAUGCCAACGCAGCUCUUGUGUACUCCUUUCUUUAUAGAAUAGUUCAGGUAUUUAAGGAAUAUUUUAAGGAGCUUGAGGAGGAAAGCAUUCGUGACAACUUUGUGACAGUCUACGAACUGAUGGAUGAAGUGAUGGACUUUGGAUUCCCCCAAACAACUGAGAGCAAGAUCCUACAAGAGUACAUCACCCAGCAGGGACAUAAGCUGGAGGUCGGGGCACCUCGACCACCUGCCACCGUCACCAAUGCUGUUUCCUGGCGGUCAGAGGGCAUCAAGUACAGGAAGAACGAAGUUUUCAUGGAUGUGAUCGAGUCUGUAAAUCUUCUGGUGAAUGCCAACGGCGGUGUCCUGCGCAGUGAAAUAGUGGGCAGCAUCAAGCUCAAAGUGGUCCUGUCGGGAAUGCCAGAACUUCGACUGGGUCUCAAUGACAAAGUAUUGUUUGAGCUCACCGGCAGAGAGAAGAGCAAGACGGUGGAGCUGGAAGACGUUAAGUUCCAUCAGUGCGUCCGUCUGUCGCGCUUCGAGAACGACCGGACCAUCUCCUUCAUCCCCCCCGACGGGGAGAGCGAGCUCAUGUCGUACCGCCUCAACACCACGAUGAAGCCUCUUAUAUGGAUCGAGAGUGUUAUCGAAAAGUUCUCUCACAGCCGCGUGGAGAUCAAAGUGAAGGCUCGAAGUCAAUUUAAGAGCCGCUCCACUGCCAACAAUGUGUCCAUUACGGUGCCGGUGCCCAGCGACGCCGACUCGCCCAAGUUCAAGACCAGCACCGGCAGCGCCAAGUGGGUGCCCGAGAAGAGUGCUGUGCAGUGGAACAUCAAAUCCUUCCCUGGGGGGAAGGAGUAUAUGAUGCGGGCCCACUUUGGGCUGCCCAGUGUGGAAGGUGACGAGUUGGAAGCAAAAAGACCAAUCACAGUGGAUUUUGAGAUCCCUUAUUUCACCGUCUCUGGGAUUCAGGUGCGCUACCUGAAGAUUAUAGAGAAGAGCGGUUACCAGGCUUUGCCGUGGGUGCGCUACAUCACACAAAGUGGAGAUUACCAGCUCCGGACGAACUAAAGGGCACAGCUGCUGCUGCUGCUAGACGAAUGGGUAGUUUCUCCUUCUGCCUGUCUCCGUCUCCUCUGUCUCCAUUUCUCCAGCUCGGAGUCAGCAGACGACAGCUGAGGACAAGAGCAGGAGGACAUCUGAGGUUUUUUUUUUUUUUCUUCCCUUCCCCACUGUAAACGGUAGCUGGAAGUCAUGUCUUCUGCAUUUACAAAACUCAAUGAUGGAAGUAUUGCAUCACCUCUGACCUGUAUUUCAUCUGAGGGUUUAUUCAGGACUUCAGAAAAUCAUUUUUAAUACGCGAAUAAUAAAUGAACAACUCUGGCUUCUGCUGCUCCACAUUUAAUAUUGACUCGAUAUAGGGCACAGUUUUGGUUUAGAAAAAAAAAAAAGACAUUUUAAGACUUACUCAAGAUAACAUCUAAAUCAUGUAAUGCAACUACAAUGUGGCGUUUCUCCUGUAUAGCUCCUAAAUUAACUGAUUUACACGGUGCAGGAGUAGCUUUGAGUUAGAGCUGGUGUUUAUAUCUAAAAGGGACGUAGAUAGUGGAGAUUUGUGAUGUGAUAAAUUAAAAAUGUGCCAUGUGCUUCCUAUUUUUCGUCAGCGGAGAACAUUAUGUGUUGUUUUAUGCAGGAUCUUAACCACAGCUUUAAAUCCGUCGGCUUAUUAAACUGUCAAGGUCCCCGUUCCCUGUAAUUUUGUCAUUAAUAUUUCCAUAACGAUAAAAGAUCACUGUGAUGCAUUUUUUUUUUUUUUUUGUUUUGUUUUUUGUUUUUUAUCUCAGAUAUAUGUUCUGCCUGAACUGCAAUACAAGUUCAGGGCCCUGGAAAUGUCUGCCAUCACCACAGGCACUGUGAACAUAAUCCGCAGUGCUCUGAAAGCAACACCAGCAACCAGGUCAAUCAUUAAUAAGGCACAAUAUUGUCAGAGGCAUCGACUGUAAGAUAAAACCCAAGACUCGCUGGGGUUAUAACCUUGUCCCUGUUGUUGAAAUCAGCUUUACGGCUUUGGGACUCUCCAGGAAGAAGCAUAGGGAACAAAAAUUCUCAAUCUGUCGUCUCUUGUUUAUACUGCACUGCUUUGUCCGCUUUGGAUUCAAGGAUCAGAGAACAAACGGGGUUAAGGAAGUCUUACCGGUGGGAUGGGAAGGGCUAAAGUAGAAGACUUUUUAAAAACUUUUCUUGGCAAACUUUUGACGGUAUAAACAUCCACCUGACCAUUUUCUUGUGUUGAGCUUUGACCCGUCACUCUUUUAUAUAUUUGUCAUCACGUUAUUUUUAAGCUGCAUUCCUGAAAACUUUUGUUUCUGGCAAAAUGUGUGUAUGUGUGUUUUUUAAAGGCCUCCAUUACACUCGUUUCUGUGACUUGGAUCUGUACAAACAUAAGUGGGGCUUUUUUUUUUUUUUUUAAGAUUGUGUGAUUGUGAUUUAUUUAUCAAUGGCUUGUCCAAAGGAAACAAAGGGAUAUAUUUGGAAAUAAACAAUUUUUGUAACCUG